AUGGCAUCAGCCGCGAUCGUGCAAGCGAAGCUUCGGUCCGAACGUUAUAUAAUUGUGGCAGAUUACUUCCAACGUUGGUCACAUGCAUGCUGCCAUACUCGGCUGUGUGCUUACAAACGUUCUUCUACAGUGGACAUUCAACUAUCGAACAACUUGAGCGCGAAGAUGGAAUCACAUCGAGGAAGAAACGCCAACAACAUGUGGAAACGCUUGAAAGAUCUGUUACUAGACCUUCAUUUAAAUUCAGAUCGUCUGUUUUAUCGUAUCGGCUUAAGCAUUGGAAAACGGCCCUGGCUGUGGUUGCUGGUAUGCUUCUGCAUAAAUUGUAUCUGCGCGCCUGGACUGAUUUUCUGGAGGGAAGAGCUCGACGAUAUCGAGCUCUUUGUGCCCCAAGAUUCCAUAAUACGUAACGAUGCCGCCUGGGUGAAGACACACUUCCGGGACGAUUUCCGAUACGAAAGUAUCAUCGUCACAGCCCCCAACGUUUUAGAGCCGGAAGUGCUGCGCUCGAUUAGCAAAAUAGAGCAAGCAGUAAAAUCUAUCGUGGUAAAUAAUAAUACCUGGGAAGAUGUGUGUGCAGGAUAUUUCACAUGGUUCAAUGUGGAGAAUACGACGGAAAUCUUCGAGGAGAUCAUUGGAUCCAACCUGGCGGAAUUUAAGGAUAAGAUACAAAAAAAUGGAUGUAUAUAUCAGUCUGUCAUACAACUUUGGGAAACUAGUUUAAUGAAAGAUAUUCGUAAUUUGACAAAAAAAGAGGUGCUUGAGGAUGUGACCAAAGCAAUCAAACACAAGAUCACUGAUAAUAUUCUGUUAGAUAUUACACCUCUGCUCUCCGGUAUUAUUUAUGACAAAAAAGGUCGGGUUAAAGGCGCCAAUGCUACAAUUUUGAAUUGGAUGUUAAAAAAAUCUAAUCCGAACUCGGCCAAUUGGGAAUUAGAAUUCAUAAAUCGAGUUCUCCAUUCGAAUAUCACGUUUCCUCCAGGAAUGGAGAUAUAUGCGAUAGCUUCACGAAGUUAUAUAGAUUCUUUACAUCAAAUAUUAAAUAGUAAUCUUACAGUAUUAUGUUGCGGAAUAUCUUUGAUUGCGGUCUAUGUAAUGGUUAUGAUUGGUAAAUGUAACGCAUUAGAACAACGAAUUUAUCUAUCAAUAAUGGGGGUGUUUGUGGUUGGUCAGGCGAUUUUAUCCUCUUAUGGAGUAUGCUAUUACUUGGGUUAUUCUUAUGGUCCUAUACAUUCCAUUCUUCCAUUCCUGUUGCUUGGUAUAGGUGUCGAUAAUAUGUUUGUGAUUAUGCAAAGUCUGGUAAAUCUUCCUGAAACAGAUCAAUCUGCAGCAAUUCCUAUACGUAUUGCUAAAGCUAUUCAACAAGCGGGAAUGUCAAUCACAGUGACAUCUUUCACAAACAUAAUUGCGUUUGCUUUUGGAAUUACAACUGUGAUGCCGACACUAAGAUCCUUCUAUGCAUUCGCCACAUUAGGAAUUCUAUUUUUAUACAUAUAUGAAAUCAUAUUCUUCGUAAGUUGUCUCGUAUAUGAUGAAAAAAGACUCGAAGCCCGGAAAGAUGGUUGUUUCUGUCGACCGAAACUAAAUUGGAAACCCAACGAAUGUAGCCAAAGAAACACGCAACAAAUUAUCUUUGAGAAUUAUAUCGGUCCAGGUAUCACCAAGACUACAACAAAAGUAAUUAUUUUACUAAUCACUGCCACUUGUCUAUGCGUUAAUACAUGGGCAGUGUUUCAAUUGGAGCAAAAUUUCGAUCCUCUUUGGUAUUUAAAUCAAGACUCCUAUCCAAUUCAGUUUAAUGAUAAAUUAAAGCAAUAUUUUCCAAAGUAUGGAAAACGAGUAGGGAUUUACAUGACUGGCGUAGAUUAUUAUGAAGAUCGUAAAUCUCUUUUUGAACUGGUAGAAGUUUUAAAACACAAUAAAUUUAUUAAUAAUAAUACCCUUGAUCCAUGGUUUAUUGCUUAUGAAAAAUGGCUUAAUGCUACUAAUAAAGGCGAUAUAGAUAGCAGCGAAGAAUAUUAUAACAUUUUGACAGAAUUUUUACUUCUGACGAAGGAAGGUCAAGCAUAUAUUAAGGAUAUCAAUUUCGAUAAAUUACCGGCUGGAGAAUAUAAUAUAACGACAUCACAAAUUCCUAUUCAACACGUUAUGAUUAAUACAACAUCGGAACAAAUACAAGCAAUGCAACUUAUCAGAGAGUCAAUUCAGGCGAUAAAUUUUUCUCACGGACAUGAUUAUAUAGCAAUUUUUUCUCCCGAUUAUGUUUCAUGGACAGCAAAUAAAGUCAUAGGAGAAGAAUUAAUUAGAAAUUUAGGCUUGGAAAUUCUGACUAUCGGAGUAGUAAUAUUGAUAUUUCUUAGAAAUUUACAAACAUCAUUUUGGGUGAUUUGUUGCGUAUUCUUUACGCUUAUUGAUUUAUUAGGUACUAUGUAUUUUUUGAACUUAACUAUUGAAAUGUCCUCAAGCAUUAUGAUUCUGUUAUGUGUGGGGCUAGCAGUUGAUUAUGCAGCACAUAUGGGAUUAGAAUUUAUACGUGCAAAAGGAAGCAAAAAGGAACGUGCAAUAGAAACACUUUCUAUUAUUGGUCCAGCUGUGUUUAAUGGAGGUUUGAGUACAUUUUUAGCAUUUGUUUUACUAGGUUCUAGUGAUGCUUAUCUUUUCAAUACUUUUUUUAAGUUAUUUACUUGUGUAGUGAUAUUUGGUCUGUUUCAUGGAUUAUUAUUUUUACCAGUAAUUUUAAGUUUAUUAGGUCCGGAAGAAAGAAUAAAAAAAGAAAAAAAUGAAACUGUUGUAAAAGAACAGAAUGGAUAUUGUAAUGUUCCUCUAUCUCAAAGUGAGAAAGAAAUAAUAACUGAAACUGCCAAAUAAAUUUGACAAUGUUCCAAAGACUGCUUAGAUAAGUAAUUGGUUACAAAAUUCUAGAAUACAUUGCAAUUACAAAAUGCACAUGUACUGUAAAACAAUAGUUUAUAUAUUCUUUGUUAAUCUGUUCUUUUGUAAAAAAAAAAAAGGAAAAAAAUAAAAAAAGUACCUUUUAAAAUAUCAAA